AGCGCCGACAACGCGGUCUUCAUCCGCGAAGACGUCGAGCGCGCGCUCCUUCACGCCGUCGAACAAAUGCCGCAAACGAGGACUGCGAUUGCGCUGAUAGUGGGCGGCGCCUCACACCGCAACGCGUUGGUGCGCAGGACGAGCGCGCAGUUCGUGGCCCUCCUCGUGGAGCGCAUGGGCGCCACGAAGUGUCUGUUGGGUCCGCGCGAUAUCGGCGAACACGUGUUGCCGGCAGCCGCGCGCUUUGUUCAGGACUCUUCGGCCGCAACGCGUUAUUACGGCCGAAGAGUUUUCGCGCAACUCUUGACGCACUCGGCGUUCGAGAAACUGCUGCGAAAACACGUGACUCCCGGCACUUAUCGCAACAUUUGCGGGAUUCUGGAGUCCAUUAAACGCCGGGGCGUCGGCGAUCGGCCGCAAGACUUGUCUUCGCCGUUGAAGGACUUGACGACCGUUUCAUUGGACGACAAAUAAUAACUCUUUUCUAACUUUUUUCUCUCAAUAAAAGCCUUUUCUG